GCAAACCACGCCUCCACUCAAACAAAGGGAAAAUGUGCCCCUGUGGAGAGAAACUAAAUUGUGGCUAAAAUCAGAAGGAAGAUUCUCCUUUCUUCCUCACCUCAUGCAGUUUCUACACAUUUCGUAUGAAUUCGCCCAACUUCCAAACAAGAAAUGAGAGAAGCUGCCCUUGGAUUUAUAGAGCAAAUCACGGAGCUGUUCACACAUUGUAAAGUCAUGGCAGUGAAUUACAUUCGGAGCACAGCUGCAGUGGCUGGUGUUAACUGCAAAGGCUGGCCGCUGCUGGAAUGAGAAGGCGACUGCACUGUGUCUGUACUGCAAUGCGUUUGUUUCUGAAGUGUCUCCGUGUAGGUAGCAGGUGGCGAUCGAAGCUCUUCCACCAGGUGAAGGCCCUCUGGAACUACACCAAACUGUGCAUCAACUCACUUGUCUACAACUCCUUCACCAACAAUGACGUUGUCCUUGACUCCUUAUUUGAGCCCAUCUAUUGGCUGGUAGAUCAUGUGACCAGGUGGUUCGGAGUGGUCUUUGUGAUCCUGGUCAUCAUCCUAACGACCACAAUCGUGAUGAUUGUCUACAUUUGUGUGCUGCCAGUCAUCGUGAGUACAUAUCCUGUGGGCUGGAUCGUGUGGCACCUUUGCUAUGGGCACUGGAACCUUAUACAGAUUGUGUUUCACUACUACAAAGCUGUGCAGACACACCCUGGAUAUCCAACAGAGGGGAAAAGUGACAUUCCAAUGGUUUCAAUCUGCAGGAAGUGUAUCAAUCCCAAACCAGCUCGUACCCAUCACUGCAGCAUAUGUAACCGAUGUAUAUUGAAGAUGGAUCAUCAUUGUCCUUGGUUGAAUAACUGUGUGGGCCAUUUUAACCACCGUUACUUCUUCUCCUUCUGCCUGUUUAUGACACUGGGCUGUGUGUACUGUAGUGUGAGCAGCAGGGACCUGUUUGUGGAUGCAUACUUCACCAUCAGCACGGCCACAGAGACAACAGCUCCCACCGUAUCCUUCCGAGAAAAAAUUUUCCACAAGUGUAUAAUUUAUCUCUGGGUUCUCUGCAGUUCCGUGGCCCUGGCUCUCAGUGGCCUCACCCUGUGGCACACGGUCCUCAUUCUCUGUGGGGAAACCAGCAUUGAGAGACACAUCAACAAGAAGGAACGUCGGAGACAGCAGAAGAAAGGCAGAAUUUUCAGGAAUCCCUAUCACGCUGGCAAACUGAACAACUUGAAAUUAUUUCUUGGAAUAGAAAAGCGAAGUCACUGGAUUACGCGCCUACUGCUUCCUUCAUCACACCUACCUUACGGAGAUGGUAUGACAUGGACACUGCCAUCAGCCUUCAGCAUGGAUAAAGCCAUAUUGGCAAUCUGAUGAAGGAUGUCAAAAAGGCUUUUUUUUUGCUCACCUGGAGGAGGAUUUGUCAAUUGGUGGAAAAGGACUAAUGGCUUUGGACUUCCCUGCUCACCCUGGGUCCGAUAACAAUAGAUACAAAUUUUUGAACUGGAAAUACUCAAAUGAUCCAUAGUGAUCAGCUGGUGCUCCUUGCAUUUAAAGGCAAUAAUGACAGGGUCAUUGAAGCAAUAAAACACCCUAGCAGCUGUUAGGGGAGUCAACUUCUUGAUUAUUGGUUAUGCUUAAGCCAUGAAGCUGUCAGAUGGCCAAUACCAGGGACUUUUUUUAAAAAAUAAGGAUCAAAGGCGUGUGUUUUAUGAAGACUGUAAAUGAUUAUUGUAUAAUGAUAGCUUGCUUGGUUGUCUGUGGGUGAUGCUGAAAUUAGGAAUAACUCUUGUGGCCCUGAGGAUGAAGUUUGCGAGUGUCAGGGAUGCCCGCAGCUGAUCUCAGCAGGCAGACUUCUCCCCAAAACCCCUGUGGACUGACCCCUUCCCCAUCACAUUCGUGUAGUAAGAUUCUAAUUAAUCCAAACCUCCCUAGUUGUAUUGUUGCAGUGGGGGGAAAAAAAGUGUAACUUUUUCUUUAAAAAGCUGGCUGCAUUUGUGGUGUUUGUAUUAAGCGAGGAGGCUCCUGAACUAAGCUGUUUUGGUGCUGAUUACAAAUGGGUCUGUAGUGUAGGAUACACUUGCUACUGCUUCAGCAGGAGGAACACGUUUGACAGACAUGAUUGGUGAGCACAAGAGAGUAGACAGCUACAGAGGAGCAGGUAAAGGGACCCAAACCACUCCUUACCAUCCACAAAUUCCAGUGUAAGUAGUCAUAAGCUAAUUUUUUGAACUAAUAGUGCCCAACCACACCCUAAAUUUCUGCUUUCUCAUCUUUUUGGAGAAAUUUGUCCCAGCCCUGCGAGUGGCUCAUGUGGAUGCUGAUAUUAAUUUAAAGAUCAUUCCUCAGUUUUAACAUGAAAAUACCAUUACUCUUAACCGUGAUAACUCCCGCUUGGUUUCCAGUAAGAUGGGUCUUACUUCUGAUGCCUCACGCUCCGGUUUCAGUAGGCAGCUUUUACAGGAUUCAAGACUCACUUGAUAAACAGGCCAAACUAUACUUCAAACCUAAACACACGAGGCUCUUUCUUAGGCUUCUCUUGUUGUUUACUCAUGUUCAGUUUAUUUUCUCUUUGUCUUAGAGUUGCCCUAUCUUUGUAAUAUAUACACAGUUAAUGUGACCAACUAUUAAUGCUCCCCCCAUAAAGUGGAGAAUCUGAUUGGAGCUGGAGAUCCAAACUAAGUGUUGCAAAUAAAAUAUUGUAUUCAUUACCUCA